ACUCCGUGCCACUACAAGUAUCAUCCAACUGACACUAGCAUGGAGUUGUCUCCGACACCGCUCUUAGAGAAUCAUUUCUUUGUCUAGAUCGAUCUCUGUCUCCUUGCGCAGCGCUGAAGAUGCCAGGAGGGGGAGGAGUUCUAGCGGUGGACGCCGCCGCCGUCGCCGGCCCGGCCUCCGGCUACAGCAGCGAGAUAACGUUCACUGUCGUGAUGAGCUGCCUCAUGGCGGCCUCCGGCGGGCUCAUUUUCGGAUACGACAUCAGUAUCACAGGUGGGUUGACGCAGAUGCAGUCGUUCCUGGAGGCCUUCUUCCCGGAGAUUCUGGAGAAGAUGAACAACGCGCAGCAGGACGCGUACUGCAUCUUCGACAGCCAGGUGCUGACGACCUUCGUGUCCUCGCUGUACCUCGCCGGCGUGUUCGCGUGCCUGGUCGCCGGCCACGUGACGAGGAGGGUUGGCCGGAGGAACUCCAUGCUCAUCGGCGCUUCCUUCUUCUUCGUGGGCGCGGUCCUCAACUGCGCCGCCGUCAACAUCUACAUGCUGGUCAUCGGCCGCAUCCUCCUCGGCUUCGCUGUCGGCUUCACGAACCAGUCUGCACCGGUGUACCUGGCGGAGAUCGCGCCAGCGCGGUGGCGCGGUGCGUUCACGAGCAUCUUCCACCUGUUCCUCAACGUGGGAAUGUUCGUGGCAGACCUCGUCAACUACCGCGCCAACACCAUCGCGCGCUGGGGCUGGCGCCUGUCCCUCGGCGUGGGGAUCAUCCCGGCCGCCAUCAUCCUCGUCGGCGCCGUGUUUAUCCCGGACUCGCCCAACAGCCUGGUGCUACGCGGCAUGGUCGACGAGGCCCGCCACUCGCUGCGGCGGAUCCGCGGGCGGUCCGCCGACGUGGACGCCGAGCUCAAGGACAUCAUGCACGCCGCGGAGGAGGGCAGCCGCCACAAGACCGGCGCGUUCCGCCGCAUCCUGCAGCGCGAGUACCGGCCCCACCUCGUCAUGGCGAUCGCCAUCCCGCUCUUCUUCGAGCUGACGGGCAUGAUCGUGGUGACGCUCUUCGCGCCGCUGCUCUUCUACACCAUCGGGUUCACGAGCCAGAAGGCCAUCCUGGGCUCCAUCAUCACCGACGUCGUCAGCCUCGCGGCCAUCAUGGUGGCGGCGCUCUCCGUCGACCGCUGCGGCCGCCGCUACCUCUUCGUCCUCGGCGGCGGCGUCCUGCUCGUGUGCCUGGUGGCGAUGACGUGGAUCUUCGGCGCGGAGCUGGGGACCAACGGCGGGAAGGCGAUGCCGAGGCCCUACGCGGUGGCGGUGGUGGCGCUGGUGUGCGUGUUCGUGGCGGGGUUCGGCGUGUCGUGGGGGCCGCUCAAGUGGAUCAUCCCCAGUGAGAUCUUCCCGCUGGAGGUGAGGUCGGCGGGGCAGAGCAUGAGCGAGUCCAUCUCGCUCACGCUCACCUUCGUCCAGACGCAGUCCUUCCUCGCCAUGCUCUGCAGCUUCAAGUUCGGUUCUUUCGCAUACAACGCCGCCUGGGUCGUCGUCAUGACGGCGUUCAUCAUCUUCUUCCUCCCGGAGACCAAGGGCGUGCCCAUAGAGGCCAUGGGCGCGGUCUGGGCACGCCACUGGUAUUGGAAGCGCUUCGUUAAGCCGGUACCGGCGACGGAGCCAGACAAACAGGCCGGCGGGCCGCUUGUAACGUGACGCGGGUGACGUUGGUUGAGUGUGCCGACUUGACUUGUCCAAUGGUGAUGUCAAAAAAAAAAAAAAAAAGACUUGUCCAAUGGUACCGGCUUGUACAAAAGAAGGUAGUACUACAAAAAGUAAUGUCUUCUUUUGAUAGGAAAAAAACGCAGUGCCAAUUUUCAAAGGUUGUCCGUCUCACAAAAAAAUAGAGAAGUUGACUGCUCUUCUUUUUUCUCUUGCAAGGAAAUCUAGGGUAGAAUUUGUCAAUCAAAGGUUACUUAUGAUAGCUUUAGUGAUAGUGUUGAUGUGCUACAAAACUUUGAAAUUGUAAAUAUAAGAGUGUUUUCACUCUUUAUGUAUCACUCCAUGUUUUUGGACCAA